AUGGGAUCCGCCGCCUCGGCGUUCGAUCAGAAUACCGGCCCCACAGUGCUCGUUCCUGAAGGCUACGUAGCACCAGCAUUCCCCUCGCUGUACAUACCCACAUUUAUCCGAGGCAACGAGCAGGGCGGAAUAUUCCUGUACGAUGCGGAAGCUAUCUGGCGCUUCACACUCUACUGGACCCUCACUACCAUGUGUACGACUUUCCUCAUUGCCUCCCUUAUCGCCGUAUUCAACCUCUCCCGCUCCAUCCUGCAUCGACCCCACUCUACCCCCUCAGCCGCUCAGAACGAUAUACCCCUCAAACCCCUUUCCUCUACUCCUCGAACUCCUUCCGCACUUGGUCCGUCCCGCUCUCCGCGUCCUGCCUCCCCUAUUACGCCCUACACCCCGUCCGCCCCGCUCCUCAGUACCGGCACUACUGCCAGCACACACACCGCUCCAGCCCGCCGGACUCGCGCUCGUCGGAAACGACCACCGUUGUGGCCCCUUCUAUUACUACCUAUCGGCGCAGUGUGCGUGGCGGCCGUGAUAGCUGUCAUAUCAGCGACGGUCAUUGGAUUUGCUUUGGCGGCUCUCUAUUCUGCUGGAGGGUUUAGCAUGUCUACGUGGGUACCGUUCUUGUGGGCUGUCAUCCAGGUGCUUGUUCUUAUCAUAUCAUCAUACUCGACCUUGACGAAAAUCUUGUAA